AUGGGCUUGAUCAUCGCGAGGCAAGAGGCUGAACGCCUUGACAUCGAGACCUCGCAUAACAAGGCGAUGGAGUUCAUUCAAAUACACCAUCCAGACUACCUUGGUAACGGUGAGGUUCUGGGUCUAGAUGUAGGCUCUACUAGUAGGAGGGAUGAUAGGACAAGACAUGCAUCACUCGACACCAUCGUCAGAGGCUCUAUCCUCACCGACUCCGAUCAAGGAAAGGCCGCUACUGGCUGGUUGAGGUGGAUAGUUCUUCUACCUACUCAUGUCCAUCUGUGA